ACGUUUAUAUAAUAGUCCCGCACGGGAAAGUGCUGGCAUUAAAUCGUUAACAGUCAAGACGAGCGAUAUAAGAAGUUGCUUCGCUUAGCCAAAAUGCGUUUCGCGUCACUUUUGCUUUUUACAAUACUUUUGAUCGUCAGCUCCGUACGUGGUUCUGAUUAUUCUUCAGCAACCCGUCCUGCGGAAGCUUGCCCUAAGGAGAAUUGUUUGACGCGUAAUAAAUGUGAACUGACUUCGAACGGGCCUGUCUGCGCAAAUAAAGGUCACACCUGCUGCAGUGUUGUAAAAGACGAAUUCCGAACACACUGUCGUCACCAUGGAGGGGAGUGUAUGAAAACAUGCACUCCGGUACUACAACGUUCAACGAUAGAUUGUCCUGGUCAAGUAUGCUGCGUCCUCGUCUGAUCGAUCUCAAUGAAAGAGCCUCGUGUGUUCCAGCGGUUAUUCACCCGUGUUAAGCAAUUGAAAAGAUAAAAAAACAAAAAUGAAAAAAAAAAAAAAAAAUACCUUUACAGAAACACAAAAA